AUGGCGUCGAAACCUAAAUAUUCCAAAACUCAAUCGUUUGAUGAGACAAUUAGCACAAUACUACCAUCAUAUUCAAUGUACACUUCCACGGUCGGGAUGAAUGUUAAUGUACCAGAAGAUAACAAUGAUGACUUGCCACCACCAGUUUAUAGUUGUAACAAUUCCGAAUGGUCAGCGAGUACGGAAAGUACUAAUAUUCAGGAUGUGACCUCCUCGGCCGCGUCAACUACCCCCACAUCGGUAACAGAAGCACAAAGUCGACGCGUGGCUCAUGUCAGUUCGUCAUCUACUAUUGACGAUAUCCCAUUGAUUGUUGCUGACGAAAAUGCCAAUUUGAUGGAGACUAUUUUGGACAAUGUACAUCGAUUACCAAAUAUGACAUUUGAAAAGCAAGAGAUUUCCAAAGCCGUACAGCUUGAAGUGUUUUAUACAAAAGAUAUUGGUGAGAUUGGUAAAACACCAGAAUUAAUUGAUCCUUCAAUUUAUGAGUAUACUCAGGGAGAUCUUUUGAAUGGUUACAUCAUCAUAAAGAACACUUCUGACAGACCCAUUCCAUUUGAAAUGUUUUACUUGUUGUUUGAAGGGAACUUUAUGGUUGCAAAUGAACGUAGACCUCAGGAGUUGGAACCUGUUAAGAUACGUCGGUUUUUGGAAAUGUUUGACUUUUACGGCAGUUGGAACGAAGCUCAUAUAAAUAGGUUGGUUACCGAGACUGCUAGUCCUUAUUUAUGUGAGUUUGGUAACACCGUUGAUCCACUUGAUGGAACGUAUUUAUAUUUCGGUCCCAAGAAGGAAAUCUUACCUAACCGAGUUUACAAACGAUUCUUUUCAUUCAAAAUACCUAACAAUUUACUUGAUUCAGAAUGCAGUGAACACAAUUUGUCGAAACAUGUUGAAAUACCACCAACUAUAGGAUUAUCGAGAUGGGAAGUUGCUCAUUAUCCAGAAAGAAACUUGAACAAGAUCAAAGAUUUCUCAAUUGUGAAUACAUCUAUGGGGUAUGGAGUAAUGGCGAGAUUUAUUGGUAGGAAAUCCACUUGGGAAGUUGAUUUUGGGAAGAUUGUUACUCCAAAACAUAAAGAUAAUGCCAAGUUGGUCAACUCCAAGGGUGAUGAGUAUAUCAUUUUGAAGGAAUUGACGAAUUACAUUCGUGUGAUUCCCACUACAAAUGUCCCCACUGAAAAUGAGAGGUUGAUGAAAUUAGUUGAGAAUAGGUUGUUGUUUGACAACUUGGUCAAACGUGUCAAGGAUAAAAUUGACAUUGGAAAGCAAUUAGAAAAGGCAUUGGAAUCAAGGACCGUUCCAGAUUUGUCGCCUGAUCUCACACAAGAAGAAAUCGAGGCGGCAAAGAUAACCCAGUCAUACCAACAUGCAGAUUCGAUAAGAGACAUCAAGUCCAAUAUGAAGAAAUUGGAGUAUUACGAAGUCCUCGUUCAGUUGAUGAAAAGAUCAAUCACUGGUCUCAAAAAUCAAGGUGUUUUACAGGUCAAGACUCCAAAACAAGAAUAUCAUGUGAAAUACAUACCUCCAUGUAGAUUCCGGGAAGAAUCAAUUGGGGAAAUGGAAAAAACUUGGAAAUUUGAUGUUCCAAUUGAAUUAACUACUAUAUUUCCAUCCAAUGACAAGCAGCAAACUCCGCCAACAAUUAAAUACAUCGAUGCUGAGUUGGUUGUUCACACCAUGAGAUCAAUGGGUGCUCCAAUAGCUCUCGAGUUCAACCACGAUUUGGUUUACAACAAGGUCCCUAAUAAUAGUAAACGUGAAGUUGAUCUCGACACAUUUAACAACAAUGUCGUCAGACCUUUUCAAAAACAAUCGACAGAACUCUAUCAUUUGUCGCAAAAACUUGGGUUGCAAAAUUUUAGAAUUGAAAAGCAAUUGGUGGAUGAUUUGAAAUCAAUUUGCAAGAUUGAAGAGAAAUCAAACAACUUAGUAGUUGAUGACAUAUUGGUAGAUAAGGAAAAGUACAACUAUAAAAAGAAUGGUAUAAAAUGGUCAAGUGUUAAUGGAUCCGCAACAACGUCAUUCAGUUUAAACAUCAACCUUGCAUCAUUGUCCUUAAAGGGUGUUCCCACAAGUAGUUGUAUGGGGCUCUCUUAUGACCGAUUCAACUUGGUUCCCGAUUUCCAAUCUUGUUUUAUGACAAGAUCGUAUCAUUUGAAAUUGACCUUUGAAUUGAGCAAUGGUGAAUGUGCUCGUAUCAAGGUGCCUGUUGUGAUAGAGAAAGCAUAA